CAAACUUCCAAUCCGCCUGCCCAAGGAAAGCUCAAAUGUUUAGCAGAGCUACGGUCAAUCAAAGGUUGUUUCCUUGGAAAUGGGGUGCAGAGUGCACAGUGUGCAAUUUGGCUUUUUAAAUAUUCCUUUUCUUGAAUGUUUCCAAAUUGCAUUUUGUAGUUUGGGUGUUUUUUUUUCAUACUUCUGUUACAGCUGUUUUUUCUAUGCCUAUUUUCCUAAAUCACAGCUUCAGUGGAGAGAGCUGUCAAACAGAUGCUUAGGAUGACUCGGAUUAUCUGAAAUCUUGAACUGUAUAGCUUUAUUUCAAGUGCUUUCCAAAUACUUUUUAUUUUACAAAGUACUUCAGUUCACUUCACAGAUGUCUUCUACAAAAAAUAAAUACAUCUUUUUAUAUAUCAUUAAAUCAUGCCGUUCCUGUACAGCUACUUCCUUUUGCCCUCAGUGGAUGACAGCUGGGGAUGGCAGUGCAUGGUGAAAUCAGCAGAAGCAGGUGCCGAGCUGUGUUCUGCUGCUUCCCUCACAGCUACUACAGCCUUUUCUCUCACAGGCCAUGAGCAGCUUGUGUGCAAAUGUCCAAAACUAAUGGAGCAUCUGUUCCUGCACAAGCAGGUGCUGCUUGUGGUGGGCCUGUUGCUGAGCCGAUUUCUCUAAUCACAUCUUCAUACACGGGUAGUUUGUGAAGGCUGAGCCCGCUUCAUCCUGCUUUUUUUACAAAAAGAAAUAUAACCAAUGUUUUGUUUUUGUUGUAGGCUUAUAAAAACUUUUCUGCAAGACUGAUUUGCUAGGUGAAGUAUUUCAAUCGCAUCAGGAAACAAUAGUGGUAUAAUACAGGGUUGCCUUUUUUUUUUUUAGCCAAUUGUAUCUUGUGUGAAAUGGAAGCUAUUGCAAUUUCUGUAGCAUGUCUUUGUUUCGAAACAGUUAAUAGCUUCAACCAGCACUCUGUCCUAGAUCUGUCUGAUCAUGAGUCUGGUGCUGGUGGGUUGUUUUGGGGUUUUCAUUGUUUUUAGCUUUGGUUUUUGUUUGUUUCUCAGAGACCAGGUAAGAACUUUCAAAACUUCUGAAUGCUUCGAAAGGGAAAUACCACACCCUGCUGUGAUCCUUCCUUACCUUCCCAGAAAGACAGAAAAUAAAGCAGUAGCUACAUCAGUAAAUGUUUGUUACUUGUGGAUUGAGCUAGAAGAGUUCUGAGGAUGCUCAUGCCGUAGCAUGUUUUGCUUUGAAAGUUUUAUAUGGCUUUUUAACUCCUGAAAUUGUUAAAAGGAAACAAACACGUAAACACAAAUUUCUGUUAAGAUUUUCCUUUUAGACAGAGGCACAAGUUCUGGAGGGAUGAAGGUUUUGUUCUCCCCUAACACAUCCCUUGACAUACUGACAGCCAGUUGUCCUGGUGAAGUUUGGAGACAAAGCAGAUGAGCUCCUGAGGAGGUCUUGACAGGUAGGUUGUCAGGAACGCUCCCGGCUGUCAGCCUGCAGGAGCAGUGCUGCUCUGUACCUCCAGCCUGCCUUCUGCUUAAUAAAGGAAAUCAUUGCAGGCGAUGCUAUCAACCUCUAAUCAUCUGGCAAAUAUGCAAAUUACUUAAAUGAGUCUUAUCUCUGAGAGAACAGCUGUACCUGCAUUUCCUGCCUUCAAAACAUAAUAAAUAAAAAUCAGCUUGAGAACUAGAAAAAAAAAACAUCUAAGGCAGAGUAGGCUUUUUGAGCAAAGGUGGAAGCCAGCGCCUUUUGCAUGUACAGCACGCUUUGGGAUCGGAAAGGUGGCUGCAGAAAAAGACAGAAGGACCAAGACCUUCGUGUCGCACUGUGAGGGGAUUUGUGUUUCCCUGGCAGCAUCAAGGGGCAUUCAGCUGGCUGCCACCUUCAGCGCUCUGCUACGGGUGGGUAUUUCUGAGCGGGACAAUUACAGAAAGAGCUCCUCCUGGGCAGCUUUUUGGCAGUGACUGAUGCUGGCAGCAGCUUGCAGGGGAGCUCUGGGGAUGGGACGUGGCACCUGCCCAGCUCUGUUGGCCUCCUGAGGGGUGGUGAGGAGAAAAACCACCUGGAUUAGGUUGCUGUGGGAUCCUGGGCUGUGAAUGAAUGGCUAAAUAAAGCAUCGUGCAUAUAAAACCUGCUCUGGCUGGGGUUAGUUGGCACCAUCCCAGCAGAUUUUUCCCCAGCUGUCCCAUUUCAGCGUGCCAGCUCUGGUAGGGCAGGUUUGUAAUCCCUGAAGCCUUAAGCCAGGGAAAAUUUAGAUCAGUGGGGCAGCACCUUGCACACGUGUGUAUUUUCACCAGCAUGGAUGCGUGUGCUUCUCUGUGGUGCUCAGGGCUUAUUCCUUUGGCCAAGAGGAAAUCCCAGCCAACAGAUUUAAAUAUUCCCCUCCGAGGGGAAAAAACCCUUCGGAAAAAUGCCGUGAGUACAGUGCAAGCAGUGUACGUACACAGAUUUCCUCUGUUCUGUGCUGGUUUGUGACUGCUGAGCUGUGCCACAGCCUGCAACUCGCCUGUCGCUCCUUUCAAGCCGAACUUCACUUUGAAACCAGUCCUGGAAGGCAGCAGGGCUGCUGCUUGCACCGCUGCUCACGAACAGCACCGGAGCAGCACGAGCAGGGCUGCCGGGAGCGAAAAAGGCUGCUGAGGACCGCAGAGGCUGGCAUUGCCUUUCACGCGGAGUGCUGGGGGUGUAAUCGCACGGCACAGCAGCGCGUCAGAGCCGGGGCGAUGCUACGCAGCCCGGUGGGCAGGCAAGCGGGCAGUGAGCUUCUGCGAGAGCACAGAGCCUGCUGGAGCAGCAAAAGUGGCGAGGAGCCGAGCAGGAGAGGAGCCCUGGUGCAUGGCGAGCCUCCCCGCCACAGCACGGGCUGCAAACGGGGCAGAUCCCAGGCAGCACGCAGCAUCUCCUCGGGGAUGUUGUCCCUUUUCGUCUCUCUCUCCCUCCCCUACUUCAUUAAUGCCUUCACAACCUCGGGGAAGUUGCCCUUCAACAGAAGCCUGGAGGAGUCUUUGGGUAUCCCGACCGCUUUGGAUUCAUUUCCCUGGGAUAACGAGACGCUGGCGGGCUGGCAGACCCUCGUGGGCAGGAGCCGGCACAGGGUGGACACACAGCACGUGGCGGCCAAAGCCCUGCUGGUCGCGGCGUACUCCGUCAUCAUCGUCAUCUCUCUCUUCGGCAACGUCCUCGUCUGCCACGUCGGCGUCAAGAGCAGGCGCCUGCGGUCCGCCACCAGCUUGUUCAUCGUCAACUUGGCCGUGGCCGACAUCAUGAUCACGCUUCUCAACACGCCUUUCACGCUGGCUCGCUUCGUGAACAGCUCGUGGGUAUUCGGGAAGGGGAUGUGCCACGUCAGCCGGUUUGCCCAGUACUGCUCCCUCCACGUCUCUGCCUUGACCCUCACGGCCAUCGCCGUGGACAGGCACCAGGUUAUCAUGCACCCUCUGAAGCCUCGCAUAUCUACUGCAAAAGGUGUUAUCUACAUCUCCAUAAUUUGGGUCAUGGCGGCUUGUUUUUCCCUCCCACAUGCCAUCUACCAAAAACUCUUUACUUUUGAAUACAGUGAGGACGUUACCAGGUGCCUGUGUCUCCCGGAUUUCCCUGAGCCAGCCGACCUCUUUUGGAAGUACCUCGACCUGACCACCUUCAUUUUGCUCUACGUCCUGCCCCUGGUGAUCAUCUCGGCCGCCUACGUGACGGUGGCCAAGAAGCUCUGGCUGCGCAACGCCAUCGGGGAUGUCACCACCGAGCAGUACUUCGCCCUUCGCAGGAAGAACAAGAAGACCAUCAAGAUGCUGAUGCUCGUGGUCGUCCUCUUUGCCGUCUGCUGGUUUCCCUUAAACUGCUACGUCGUCCUCCUCUCCAGCCAGACCAUCCGCACCAACAACGCCCUCUACUUCGCCUUUCACUGGCUUGCGAUGAGCAGCACCUGCUACAACCCCUUCAUCUACUGCUGGCUCAACGACAGUUUCCGAUCGGAGCUGAAGGCUUUGCUCCACAUCUGCAGAAAACCUCCUGGCCCCGCAGAGCAGAGGCUUCCCUCCGCGCUCCCUUCCUACCGGCUGGCUUGGCCAGAAAACGGCACCUUCAGAAGGUUGCAGGCCUCUCACGUCCUGCCCUCGGCCUCCAACAUCCCAUCAGGAAAGACAGAUAUCUCUGCAGUGGAGCCGAUAGUAGCCGUGAGCUAAACGGUGGCCCUGGGGUGUCGAGAAGGACCUCAAUUUUGGCUGGAGCUAGGAAGGGGGGAAGAUGUGGGGCCCUGCAUGGUGGCUGUGGCAGCUCCAAGCCUGGCUGUGUGAGAGGCAGCAUGAAGGAGCUGCAUCUUCGAUGCAGGCUGAUGGUAAUAAUACACAGCCCUGGAAGGGAAGGAAGGAAACUCUUGCCGGGAAGGAGCUCUCUUUUUGUCUUGGUCGCGUUGACAUCGGACCUGGCAGCAGGGAGGGAUUCUCUGCAUGUACACUGCUGUUAUCUGCAUGACUGAGUCUUUUUGCUGCUGGGGUGGUGCGUGUAUUUUGUAUUUAAAUGCUAAAGCAACAGCCUGGUCACAUCGAGCCUCCAUCCCCCUUAGUCUCUCGGUAGCACUGCAGAAAUGGCAGAUGUAGACCCACAGGCCUCUGGCUUAAAUCCCGUGCACUUGGGUGGGAGACAUCUCUUCCUACAGGGUUAAGGGUCAAGGUCUGCUCAGUAUGAGUAAAAAAAAAAUACAUCUUAAAAAUCCAUUUUUUGUGUGUUAAUACCUUCCGAGAGGUGGAGGGCUAGACAGCUACUGAAAAUUAAAGUGGUCUUUCGCAUCACAGGCACUUUUUCUAAGGUAGCACUGAAGAAAAAUCGCUGCUUAUUCUUUGUGUGAGUGGAUGGCAAACACCAACCUGGUGGCUCAGCAUCUGUUGUCAGUGCUAAAUCACCCAGAAUUUUACCUUCAUAAAAUAGUCAUGAAUAUGCAUAAAGCUUUUCUUCAACUAGAGAACUAAAACCUUAACAAAAACUAUUGAAAGCCAUGGAUUUACCAUCCACAGAGCAUCGAUGAUGAAUCGCUUAAUCUGAGUUGGGAUUAGGACCUUUUGAUCAGAGCAUCUCUGUGUUGUUCUCAAGUGGUAGCUAAAGGAUCCCACAGUUUGAGUUUUUAAUUUGUCUUUGAAUGUUGCUCUCUUGUCCUGUAAAGCACCUGGGGACUUCUCAGAUCAGACAUUUGGGACAUUUUAUCUUAGCUCAGAUGUUAGCUCUUUGGAAUCAGUUCAUAAAUAAACUGCUUUGAUGAUAUCUGUGAUAGCAAGUAAUAAAAGAAGAACAUUUCUUGGCGAGAUAUCCCCUGGUCAACGCACAAUUUUAGUGCAUUUGAAGAUGAGUGAGAUGUGUUCUUUGUGGGAUGGCUGUUAAGAAAUUGAUGUGACUGCAGCUGUCUGGAGUAUUUUGCAGAACUCAGUGUUCUUAACAGAAAAAUAUCUGGUUCUGAAUGAGAAAAAAACAUAUAGGGGCAUUCCAAAAUGUACCUUGUAUUACACAGGGAAGCAAUAACUUUUCCUGUGCUGUGGAAAUUAGCUUGAAUGUCCCACCAGGGUGCCACAUUCCACAUUCGACUUGCAGCAGCCAGCAGAGAAGUGAGGAAAAUCUUCUUUUUAUAAAUGGGAAGAAAAAUAAAAAGAGAGAGAAAAAAAAAACUGUUUUUCCUAAUGUCCUGUAAUAAACUUAUUCUGAAAUCA